UGUACACGAGUAGUGAACACGAAAGUGACCCGAGCAGAAGAAGGUGGACUACUCAGUUUUCACUCUCAGCCCUGAGCCAGUGACUGCCAUGCUCGCCACCGCCUUGUUGCUUACUCUCGCCCUCUCUGCUGCGGCUUCUGCUCAGCAGCUUGAGCAGCAACUGCAGCAGCAAUCUCAGCAGCAGCAGUCUCAGCAGCAACGACAGUCUCAACAACAAAAGCAACAAGACGUUAAAGAGCAGCUGCCGCUGUGUGUACCGCCAGCCACCGCCCCCGCCAAACUGGAGGCUGUGAUAGAGCAGUGUCAGGACGAGAUUAAACAGGCUGUCCUUGAAGAGGCCCUGCAGGUCUUGGGCGAUGCAAGCAGAGAGCUGGAACUGGCCAGCAACACCCGCAGUAAACGAGAAACUUUCACUAGCGAGGAGCGACGUAUUGCUGGGUGUCUCCUGCAGUGUGUUUACAGAAAAGUAAAAGCGGUGGAUGAGAAUGGCUUGCCUACAGUAUCAGGUUUGGUACACCUGUAUAGUGACGGAGUGUCAGACCGCAACUACUUCCUGGCCACUCUUCAGGCUGUACAUCAGUGUAUGACACUUGCGAACAACCGGAGAGCUUUCAACACUCAAGUUGAGGAAGAUGCAGGUUACACAUGUGACUUGGCCUACGACAUGUUCAACUGUGUCAGCGAGAGAAUAGAAUCUAUCUGUGGUAGAGCACCUUGAGAGAGCUGCAGACUGUCAACACAAUCCUAUUAUUUAAGCGAUUAAUCACUGUUCAUAACACAAUAAAUUACAUCAUAUGGGAUGAUCCUAGA